AUGGCCGAUACCACUGAUGGGAUAGAUUUGAAUGAGCUCGGGUUAAAUGGAGAACGUGGUGGUCUAACACAAGAGAAUGAUAGCCAACAACUUGAAAAUGAAGAUGAUUUGGUAACACAAGAUGUUCAAGAAUUGGCAAUGAGUCCAAAGUCUCGAGAUGGACAAGAAUUAGCAGAAAACCCAUUUGUUAGUAUGGAGUUUGAGGAUGAGGAGGAAGCAUUUCGAUAUUAUUUGGAUUAUGCAAAGUCCAGAGGUUUUGGGGUAAGAAAGGGUCACAUGUAUCGUUCAUCUCGUUCUCAAUUAAUUACAUGUCGACACUUUGUUUGUGAUAAGGAAGGAGCCAAGUUGGUAGACAAAAGGCAACUGGGAAAAAUUGUUCAAAGGCGUAGAGAUACAAGGACAAAUUGCCAAGCUCGGAUGGUAGUGUCAAAAAUGAAGAAUGGGAUAUGGAUAGCAAAGACCUUUGAAGAUGUUCAUAACCAUCAUUUACUAAGAACUCCCUCUAAGGUGAUGAAGAUGCGGUCUCACCAGCAUAUCAGUGUGAUGUGUAGAAGUUUAAUGGAGACAUUGCAUAAGAGUAGAGUGGGACCAAGCCAAAUGUCUCGAAUAUUGAAUGAAACACUUUCAAAUACAGGGUCUGCAUCUAUUACCCCGAACGAUUGUUCAAAUCAUUUGAGGGGAGUUCGAAGCAACAAUAUUGGGCAAGAAUGCAUGGCUAUUGUUAAGUUUUUCAAGGAGAAAAAACUCAAUGAUGAUUUUUUCUUUUUUGAUAUGGAGCUUGAUGAGUUUAGUCAAACUAGAUGUGUCUUUUGGGCAGAUGGAAGAUCUAGAGUUGCAUAUUCAGAAUUUGGAGAUGUCGUCGUUUUUGAUACUACUUAUCAAACAAAUAGAUUUUGUUUCCCCUUUGCUCCUUUUGUUGGAGUCAACCAUCAUAAGCAGUCCAUUUUAUUUGGUUGUACUCUCAUGGUAGAUGAAAAAGAAGAAAGUUUUUUAUGGGUAUUUCAAACAUGGCUGAAAUGCAUGCUAGGGAAACAUCCACAAACAAUUAUUACAGAUCAAGAUUUGGCUAUGGGGAAUGCUAUUGCACAUGUUUUUCCAAAUUCUGUUCAUCGGCUUUGCUCUUGGCACAUUGGGAGAAAUUCAAUGAAGUAUUUAGCAGAUUUGAAAAGCAAAGAUGGCUUUAUGAGGGAUUACACUAACUGGUUGCAUCUUAGUGAAUCGAUUGAAGCAUUCGAGGAUAGAUGGGGUGAACUUAAGGUAACAUACAACAUUGAUGAUAAACAUUGGUUGAGUAGGAUGUAUGAAAUUCGGAGCAAAUGGGUUUCUCUAUAUUGGCAAGAUACAUUCACAACAGGAAUGACCAGUACACAACGUAGUGAAAGUAUCAACUCAUUUUUUGAUGGCUUUGUUAAUGCACAAACCCCACUGGAUGAGUUUGUUAUGCAGUAUGAUAAGGCUUUGUUAGCUCUAAGAAAUGUUGAAGAAAGUGAAGACUUCAAGACUUUGAAUUCUAUAGCUAACUUUUAUACGGGUCAUCCAAUUGAGAGACAUGCAGGAGAAGCAUAUACAAGAGCUGUGUUUGAUACUUUUCAGGCAGAAUUGCGAGAAAGUGAUAGCAUGCUUGCUGAAUGCAUUCGAGAUGGGUCCGAUAAUGCUAAAUAUGCAAUUUGCAAUCAUGUUGUUGUAUUUGGCAAAAACUGUACUGAAGAUGGGGAACCUUACGCAACGUGCUCGUACAUGUAUGAGAAAAUUAUGCCUAAGCUAAAUGACAUAUUUGAAAUGGUUAUUGAAAAGUCAAAUGCACCAGAGCAUUCAUUAAGCACCAAGCAAAAUGAGGAAAAUCAAGAGGUUAUUGGUUCAUGUUCUUUGCCUACCUUCUCAUGUGAUAAUGAUGUUUAUGGGUCACACGUUAGUAUUCUUGAUCCAAAACCUGUCAAGAGCAAAGGGCGGCCAAGAGUUGUUGCUCCUCGGAAUAUUUUUCGCUUGUUUGCUUCUGCCUUAUCCCCCCUGAAGGUUCUAUCCGGCAAAUUCAUUCUUCGGGUUUGUCGUUGGAGCACCACCGAUCAAGAAUCACAUGUCACUGCAGAGAUGGAAGGUUUUUGUAGGACCAGGCCACCAUUCUCUUAA